GAUUAUAAUCACUAUGGUCCUCUGUGUGACAAAUCUUGCUCCGGUAGACACUGUCAUGAAUCACAUGGUAAACCGUCAUGUGAUAAACAAACUGGACGAUGUGACAGAGGAUGUUCAGCAGGAUGGAUUGAACAAGACUGUACAACAAAAUGUCAAGACACGGUUGGACCGAGCUGUAUGUUUAAAUGUAGUGAUCGACACUGUAAGGGAUCCAACUCAGCAUGUGAUGUCCACGAUGGUGCUUGUAAAGGUGGCUGCCAGAUAGGCUGGAAAAACGCAAACUGUACUGAAAGGUGUGAUGGAAAAUAUGGCCCAGGAUGCAGUUCGUCAUGCAGUGCCAGACACUGUAAAGCUGAUGAUGCACAAUGCGAUCACGUGACUGGUUCAUGUGAUGGACCAUGUGAUGCUGGUUGGCAAGGAGAUACGUGCACGGAUAGUUGUGAUUCAAACCAUUAUGGUGUGAAUUGUAAAUCGCUGUGUGAAGAGAGACACUGCAACGGGGAACAACUCUGUCACCAUGAACUGGGAUACUGUAAUGGCGGAUGUCUCACAGGGUGGACUGGACUUACCUGUGUUGAAGCUGUCACUGGUCCCGAGGGCAACAGGUAUUAUAUCGCCACCAUUGCUCUUGCCGUGGUCGCAGCGAUUCUUCUUGUGCUGCUUAUUGCAAGUGUUUUGUGGCACUUUAGAAGUCGGAAUUCUCAACGCAACAACGUCGCACGUCAAUUUAUUUCAUCCACGUCAGAUGAUCGAACGGAAGCCGAGCCGAGUGGCCUUGACAGUGGGAGUAGCUAUGUUAAUGCAGGCCAAAGUAAUGAAUAUGAACAACUCGAUGUAUUAAACUCGCCACAGAAUGAUUAUAAUAAGAUAACAGGCGUUUAGAUACAUACAAAUGAUAUAAGUUUUUGUUUUAUCCUGUUUUCUUUUGGGGUUGUUGUUGUUGUCGUUGUUGUUGUAUUUGCUAAACAUGGCCAAAUUGAUGGUGUACGUGAAACGUUAACUCCUGCUCUAAGCUAAAUGCCCAUGAUUUUUGUUUUUAAGAAAGUUAAUUCUAGAAGUUCUAAUUGAAAAUGUGUGCUUAAUAACAAGGAUAUAGAAACAAUUGUGAAUAACGGUACAUACAAUGAGGUGUUGCUGUCAUAUGUAUUCAUCUGAUUGUGUUGAUCAUCACUUCGUGUUUUGCCUUUACAAUAGUUUGUCACCCAAUAGCCAAUGUAUAUUUCGUGCUGGGUGUCGUUAAACAUCUAUUCUUGUUUGUUCUAUUCAUUCGAUUGUAUGUGGGAAGAAGGGAACUGUAUUAACGUUCCCAUAUCCAAUUAAGGUUCAGGCACGCCCACCCC